GUGGGUAAGAAGCAGAGAGCCUUGGCUAGUCCUUCUAUACUGACUGGUCUUGCCAAUGACAGCCCUUCUGGGGCCUCUCACUUUUCUUCUCUGCAGGUCACCUGGAGCCUGGAGGCUGGCCCACCUCUCAGAAUUCAGCAGAUAUUGGAAGCAAUGGUGAAGGACACAGUGGUAGUCAAUGUUAUUUGAGCAGGGUCAGCAGGCCUUGGAACUUCCUGAGUGCAAGAUGCAGAAGGCUACUUACUAUGAAAACCCAGGACUCUUCGGAGGCUAUGGCUACAGCAAAGCCACUGACACUUACGGCUAUAGCACCCCCCAUCAGCCCUACCCACCCCCUGCAGCUGCCAACUCCCUGGACACCGAUUACCCAGGUUCGGCCUGCUCCAUCCAGAGUUCUACACCUCUUCGAGCCCCAGCCCACAAAGGAUCCGAACUCAAUGGCAGCUGCAUGCGAUCGGGUACUGGGAACAGCCAGGGUGGGGGUGGUGGCAGCCAGCCUCCUGGUCUGAACUCAGAGCAACAGCCACCACAACCCCCUCCUCCACCACCAACCCUACCUCCAUCCUCACCCACCAAUCCUGGAGGUGGAAUGCCUGCAAAGAAGGCCAAGGGUGGGUCCAAUACUUCUAGCUCCUCAGCCACCAUCAGCAAGCAGAUCUUCCCCUGGAUGAAAGAGUCCCGACAGAACUCCAAGCAGAAAAACAGCUGUGCCACUGCAGGAGAGAGCUGCGAGGACAAGAGCCCGCCAGGCCCGGCAUCCAAGCGGGUGCGCACCGCGUACACCAGUGCGCAGCUGGUGGAGCUGGAAAAGGAGUUCCACUUCAACCGCUACCUGUGCCGACCGCGCCGCGUGGAGAUGGCCAACCUGCUGAACCUCACCGAGCGCCAGAUCAAGAUCUGGUUCCAGAACCGGCGUAUGAAGUACAAGAAGGACCAGAAGGCCAAAGGCAUCCUACACUCGCCGUACUUCGCCAGCGCCAACCUGCAGGGCAGCCCCGUGUACGUGGGCGGCAACUUCGUCGACUCCAUGGCUCCCGCCUCCGGGCCGGUCUUCAACCUGGGCCACCUCUCGCACCCGUCGUCGGCCAGCGUGGACUACAGUUGCGCCGCGCAGAUUCCCGGCAACCACCACCAUGGACCGUGCGACCCUCAUCCCACCUACACAGACCUCUCGGCCCACCACUCGUCUCAGGGACGCCUGCCCGAGGCCCCCAAACUGACACAUCUGUAGCCGCCGCCGGCCCGAACUCGCGGCGCAAUUACCUCUCUUGCUUUGGUGGUGGGGGUGGCGGGCGGGGCCUGCGGGGCAGCCCGGGGACCCCCUCCCCCGCUCUGGCCGGGCUGCUGUCUUCAGGGUCUCGGGCCUUCAGCGGCGGAGGCGCAGG